AUUGGUAAUUCAUGCUGUUAGGAGUGUCCUGUCCUGAUUGCAGUUCGAAUUUCCAACCAUUCAUCCUAGUCAUAGUCAACAUGAAUCCACAGGGAGGUUUUCCACAAAUGGAUACAGAAGCCACAGUCAAGCAGUUCAAAGAAUUUUUAUCACAGUAUAACAGAUUGACAGAAAUGUGUUUCAUUGACUGUGCAAAAGAUUUCACUACAAGAACUGUACUGAAAGCUGAAAAUAACUGUGCCCUAAAUUGCUUAGAAAAAUAUCUUAAGAUGACACAAAGGAUUUCACAAAGAUUUCAAGAAUAUCAGCUGCAGCAAUCUGAAGCAACAACACCUGUAAGAAAUGUGUCGGGGACAUGAUCUUAACAUUCAACUAAACUGGAUAUAGCAACGUAAUCACAUCAUGAUACUUAAAAUAAUAAAAUACUUUAAAAAAAAUUUAUAUCCAUUAAA